GAGGGCACCAGCCUCAGAGUAACUGGGGUCAGCCCUGGAGCUGUGGGCCCUUCGUCCCCCUCCCUCUGCUGCCUGUCCAUCUGUCCUGGACCGUGUGCAUCUGUUGCUUGGGACGGAGACAGAAGACUCCGGGUGUGUAGGCAGAUCCCUUGCCGCUGGGCGUGCGUGUGCCCGGGACAUGAGGGUGCCCGUGCGGGUGUGAGAUGUGCCCGUGUCCGCCGUGAGGAUGACCGUGCGCCUUACGGCUCCCCCAGCCAGGCAGAGAGGGCGACCUUGACGAGCCAGCAGGCACAGCGGCACCAUGGCCUCGGCCACCUCUGUGAGUAGCCUCCUGGAUGAGGUCGGCUGCCCCAUCUGCCAGGGCACCCUCAGGGAGCCGGUCACCAUCGACUGCGGCCACAACUUCUGCUGCGGCUGCCUGACGCGCUACUGUGAGGUCCCGGGCCCGGAGCCAGAGGAGUCCCUCGCGUGCCCGCUCUGCAAGCAGCCCUUCAGGAAGGAGAACAUCCGGCCCGUGUGGCAGCUGGCCAGCCUGGUGGAGAACAUCGAGCGGCUGCAGGUGGACAAGGACCGACAGCCAGGGGACGUGGCCCGGGAGCAGACGGAUGGCAGGCUGUGCGAGCGGCACCGCGAGAAGCUGCACUAUUACUGCCAGGACGACGGCAAACUUCUGUGCGUCAUGUGCCGCGAGUCUCGGGAGCACCGGCCCCACUCGGCCGUCCUCGUGGAGAAGGCUGCCCAGCCCCACAGGGAGAAGAUCCUGAACCACCUGAGCACCCUCAGGAGAGACAGAGACAAGAUUCAGGGCUUGCAGGCCAAGGGAGAGGCCGACAUCCUCACUGCGCUGCUGUGGGCCCUGUCUGGCGGCUGCCGCUGUUGUGCCCGGGAUGGCCAGAGUGCAGGGAACCAAGGAGGUCCUGCCUGA